AUUAGCAGUUGGGCGGGUGCUCUGAGAAACUUCUAAUUCAGUACAAUCUUCUCGUUGGCUCUCCGCUUCUGGCGUCAACUUGACCGAUCGAUGCUUAAUUUGCCCGCGCUCGCAGCCAGCUGAUCGAGAAGAAGAAGCGGCUGGAACGAGCUCAUCGGCGCAAUCGCCGAAGUGCCGGCGGCGUUGUUUGAUGCUUUCGAUGGGGCUUUUGUCAUCUCUCUGUGCCUGCUUGCAGAAGAGACUUAAAGCAGCUAAUUCAGGAGGUGCGGAUGAAGCAGAUGAUGAAGAUGUGUCCUCGGGCAUCUUCUUUGAACUCAGCGCUCUGCAAAUUGCUACCAAUUACUUCUCAGAGGCCAAUAAGCUCGGACAUGGAGGGUUUGGACCGGUCUACAAGGGGUUAAUGCCAAAUGGGCAACAAGUAGCAGUCAAGAAGCUAUCAGUAGAUUCAAGACAAGGAGUGAGGCAAUUUAGUAAUGAAGUGAAACUUCUACUGAGAAUUCAGCACAGAAAUUUGGUUAUUUUGUUGGGCUGUUGCAUUGAAGGACCUGAAAAGAUGCUUGUAUAUGAGUACCUACCAAACAAAAGCCUUGAUUACUUUCUCUUCGAUAAAAAUAAAUCACCAUCCCUAGAUUGGACAACACGGUUCCAUAUAAUUGCUGGUAUUGUGAGAGGUCUUCUCUACUUGCAUGAAGAGGCUCCUGCAAGAAUUAUACAUAGAGAUGUCAAAGCCAGUAACAUAUUACUAGACGAUCAAUUGAAUCCAAAAAUCUCAGAUUUCGGAUUGGCGCGACUUUUUCCCGGGGAUGACACCCAUUUGAAUACAUUUAAGAUCGCCGGUACUCAUGGCUAUAUGGCACCCGAAUAUGCAAUUCAUGGAUAUUUGUCUGUGAAGAGUGAUGUUUUCAGUUUUGGCAUCUUGGUAUUAGAGAUUGUUAGUGGAAGGAAUCGGCUCGGCGUACAAAAGGCCGACCUCUUGGGAUAUGCAUGGUUGCUUUAUCAAGAAGGGAAGAUUUUAGAAUUAGUUGAUCAAAGCCUUACAAAAUGCAAUGCAGAUGAGGCAGCUAUGUGCAUUCAGUUGGGGUUGUUAUGUUGCCAAGCGAGUGUUCCAGAAAGGCCUGAUAUGAACACUAUUCAUCUCAUGCUUUCCAGUGACUCGUUCACAUUGCCGCGACCUGGGAAACCAGGAAUUCAAGGUCGAGGAGCACGUUGGACGACUACCUCUACUUCAGCUUUCACCAAUACAAAUCCUAGUACACAAACUGUCGUUACCAAAGCUUCUGCUGCUAGUAGUUUCGUGGAGGAUUAUUCAAGAAAUUCCAUGUCUAUUUCAUCUAUUGAUGAAGGCAGAUGAUCACUUCUGUUGUGCAUGAAUUAACACUACUUAAUAUUGCUUUUGUACACUCAUUCUUUUCAUUUUUGGGUAACAUCAAUAAGAAUCUUGUUCAAGCGAAUUGCAAAAUUUUCAUUAGGGGAGCAAAAUUUUACAAACUCAUUAUACGUUAAAUAAGAAUUAAAGGGGUCAAUAUGCAUCGAUGUAACUUUGCGUGUAUUCUAGACUGGCUUUCACAAAUAGUGGUGAGAUUAUCUUAUGAUUUUCAUAGUUAACGACGAAAUUUUCACCUAAGAUAGUGAUAGAAUAACUUGGACAAAAUUGGAGUUGUAUUACAUUUAAAAUAUUAGUCUAACAUUCAUACCUUAUUAACCACUCCAUCAUACCAGAUGAGAUAUGAAGCCUCACAUUUCUAGAUUGACUCAUUUUCAAAACCAAUAGUAAAAUUCAUUUCCAAGUUAAGAGCAAAAUAACAGCUUCAAAAUUCCAAAGCUAAAGAAUUUAUUCAAAUGAUAACGUUUUUCCAAUGGUAUUUUCUAAAAGUUCGAGUUGAACAAAAAGCCUAGUUUAGGUUCAAGGCAGCAAUAAAAAGCUCGACCAAUAUAAUAGUAGAUAUAACAAGACUUAAUAAGACAUUCAAAACCUAUCGAACUAAAACCACCACGCAUCCAUAAAUCAAUUUGCUUUGCCAAAA